CAUGCCUUGUGCAAUCAGACCGUUGACGCUUCCAUCUCAUCACUGUCUUGGCGUCUGUGACAUGAGACCGUUAGUGGUCAAUUCCCUUAAAUUUGUCACGUCCUUAUCACGACAAAAGAGAGAAAGUGACGCCGCAAUGUUUCGAAUACAGCUCCUGCUACAUGCAUCCUUACUCUUCCACCAAGCAGUAGUCGGAUCGCCAUCCUUAUCGUCCAAAGAACAAUCAACCCUCUUCUCCAAUACUGACAAGUACCCCCUCCCCAACCAGGGCAAUGUCAUUACCCACGACCCCAACAUCAUCGAAUACAACGACAGUUUCUACCUCUUCAUGGGAGGCGUCCACAUCCCCAUCAGCAAGGCCUCGAGUCUCGACGGGCCCUGGACAAGGGUCGGAACAGUCCUAGAUGGACCCAGCAUCGUCGAGAAACAGAACCGGACUCGACCCUGGGCGCCGACGACGGUCCAGCACAACGGCUCAUUCUACUGCUACUACACCAUCAGUAGCCGGGGCAGCCGCAACAGCUCCAUCGGCGUCGCGACGACCGAUUCCCUCGACAGUGGGAAAUGGACGGACCACGGAGCGCUGAUCAACACGGGGUCCGGGAGCCUGUCGCACAUCUACCCCUACAACGAGUCGAACGCCAUCGAUGCAUCGUUUAUCGUCGACAAUGCGACGGGGAAGCCGUAUUUGAACUACGGCAGUUUCUGGCACGGGAUUUUCCAGGUUCCCCUGGCUGGGGAUCUGCUCUCGGUUGAGGAUGCGGAGCACCCGCGCGCGAUCAAUCUUGCGUAUGAGCCGUCGGAGAAGUCCAAGCCAAUAGAAGGGUCGUGGUUGAGUUUCCGGGAGCCGUAUUAUUAUCUUUGGGCUAGUCACGGGAAGUGCUGUCGGUUUGGGGACGGUCAAAAUGCUAAGGAUUUCCCUGCAAUGGGUCAAGAGUAUGAGAUUCGUGUGGGGAGGUCGGCUAGUGUGAAUGGACCUUUUCGGGAUAAAGAUGGCAAGAACCUCACUGAUGGCGGUGGGACUGUUGUCUACGCCUCGAACCAUGGUGCUGUUUAUGCGCCUGGGGGAAUUGGUGUGUUGCCUGCGAACGAGAAGCGCCCUGAGAUUCUGUAUUAUCACUACUGUGAGUCACUUCCUUGCUCUGUGUGUGAUGUACUGACUCGGCAGUGAAUACAUCGAUGGGCUUCAAAGAUGAUGUGAGUAGGAUCACAACCAAGGAAUGGCAGUACUGACAUGCUCAGGACGCACACUUGGGCUGGAGUUACCUUGAGUACAAGGACGGAUGGCCAGUAG